UAAUGUAACACGCUUCCUGGUUCGGGGCCCUUACUACAGGCUGGGGCUUCCUCUUCCUUGCUCCUCCCAAUUCUACCGCCACGUCAGGCCUGUGCAGGUCAGUGUGAUCAGUGCUGCACACCCACCAUCCCUGGGCUGCUGCUGGCGGGAGCUGUAAGGCUGAAGGAUGGAGAGUCUCUACCGUAUGCCAUUUACUGUGCUGGAAUGCCCCAACUUGAAGCUGAAGAAGCCUUCUUGGCUGCAUAUGCCCUCUGCCAUGACAGUCUAUGCCAUGGUGGUGGUAUCCUAUUUUCUCAUCACAGGAGGAAUAAUAUACGAUGUGAUUGUAGAGCCACCUAGUGUUGGAUCAAUGACAGAUGAACAUGGCCAUCAAAGGCCUGUGGCUUUCUUAGCCUACAGAGUGAAUGGACAGUAUAUUAUGGAAGGCUUGGCAUCAAGCUUCCUGUUUACUAUGGGAGGUCUAGGAUUCAUCAUCUUGGAUCGAUCAAAUGCACCGAAUAUCCCCAAGCUGAAUAGGUUCCUGCUGCUGUUCAUCGGAUUUGUGUGUGUCCUACUCAGCUUCUUCAUGGCUAGAGUAUUCAUGAGAAUGAAGUUACCUGGAUACCUCAUGGGCUGAAUGUAACAUUUGCCUGCACCAAAUACUCUAAUAAAUUGCAGUAAUACUCAAGGAAGAAGAAUUACGGCCGCUUGUGGCAGAAAGUGGGACUUUAAGUAUGAGAGAUGACCAGAAAAGCGCAAUCUUCCUUAAAAGACCUAGCUUGUCAGCAAGAAAAUAUUUUUGUAGUUGUUUUUCACUGCUUGUUGUGUCCAUAUUUGGUUCAGAAUAAAAUAAUCCUUUGUUA